AUGAACUUGGCGAAGGAAGUCCGUUUAGCUUGCAAGAUGGAUUGCCUUGGGACAGCUGAUUGUCGUCUCCAGGCUUGUACUUCUUCCGUUCUUCCGUUCCUCAAGGUGAUCAGACCAAAACACUCGAUAAUGUUUAGUCUUGCCUCGGGGAAUAGUUUUCUUUGCACAUCUGAUCAUAAUAUUCGUGAUAUCAUUGCAAAGUUUGUCAAGACCUAUGUUUGUAUUCUUAUAGCCCCAUCUGGUGGAAUGGGCGUUGAAGUCGCCUAG